AAAAUGUAAUCCAGUGAACAGCUUUGUCCUUUGUGUUGGUGAUAUAUACAAUAUACCAUCAAUGCAACUGGGUGGUUGUCGGUUUGAUGAGCUAAUUGUAAUGCUAUAUUUCAUCGUUCAGAGUGCCUUCAGCGCGGGAAGCUCGAACAAAUAUGGCGGCACGUUGGUCGUCUGAUUUGAAAAAAUUAGUUUUGUUUUUUUCACCUUUGUACUAACGAUAAAACAUUUUAUGAAAUCCAAACGACGAUGCUUAAAUCACGAAAAAGAAAUCCCGAUUCGAAUGUUUUAGAGUCCUCGUAUGUGUCCAACAACAAGAAGCAAAAGAAAGGUGAAGAAAAUGGAAAUCUUUAUGAAAGAGAUAUGCAAUCUAUUUUUGAGAAAAUGGUCACAAGAAGUGGAGUAGAGCUUACUUAUGAUGAUGAACCUAAUAAACUAAAUGUGGAACAAGCAUUGUGUCAAAGAAACUUGUCAAAAGCCAUAAAAAGACAUCAUAAAUAUCCUCAGGUCAUAAAUGAUUUUAUUGAAGGUUUUGUCAGUUAUAUUGAAGAUCCUCAAAGAUUUUGUCAAUCUUUGUUGCAAAUGUCGACAACUACAGAAUCGGAACAAAGCUUUCGUGGUGCAUCUCAAGAUAGUUUAAUGAGACUAUUGCUUGGUGUUGACUCCCUUCAGCCUUCAAUAGCAAAUGCUCUUCUUGAAAAGAUUCCCGAGUUUUCAGACAACAGUAAUAGGAUAUUUGAAUAUGAUCUUCCAAGACUUGUUGUCAAUCAGUUCAAAUGGCUUGACAAAAUCCUUCAACCGAAGGAUUUAAGCGAUAAAUUUCUGGAAAUAAUCAGUGUAUCAGACAUUGCAGUUCAACGAGAGAUCAUCACUGCCAUUCCAGAGAUCUUAGAUGACAAUGAACAUUCCGGGAUUGCAAAAGAACUAAUAAAUUUCAUGCAAGAGAAUUCACAGUUAACCAUCGCAAUUCUGGAUACUCUUACAAAUCUGAAUUUAAAGUCUGAAAUUCUCUCUGAGGUACAACAAUCAGUUGUUGACAUGUUAUCUUCAACAGACAUGGAAGAAUUGCCUGUUAUGGUGAAGUUUCUUCUUCAGUCAGUUGCUGAUGAUAGCGUUAUACAGAUUAUCACUGAUCUUCGUAAGAACCUGGAUCUAUCAUGUACGUUGAAUGGUUUAGAUCCCUCGGCCACAUCAACUCCUUGUAAUGGAAGAAAUUUAAGCUCUACGUCCACUGAUCACUUUAAGAACUCAAUCAUUCUUAUUAUGGAAGCUAUAAAAACUAGUGUAAGGUUUAGAAAAACGAUAUCAGAUGGUUGGCUUAAGGUCUUAGAUGAUGUGAAAAAUUCUUCGGAUCAUUUAGUCAUCGAUGUGUUUGUCGUAGUAAUACUUUACGCUGUCACAAAUAGAAGAAAAUCUAUCGAAACUUUGCUAAGAAACAAAAUCCGUCAUGGAUAUUUCACCGUUGCUGUUCUUCAGGAUGCAUUUCAAUUUUAUGGACAGGUUUUACGAGAAUAUUUUGACAAUAUUCUGGUAAUUUCUGAAAUCUUACUCCGUUCUCCAGACUCGACUAUCUCUUCCUACGCCAGAAUUAUGUACACGAAAUCAUUUCUAACGUUUGACCUUUAUUGUAAACAGGAAGUAGUUGGCGCCUUGGUUUCGCAUGUUGGUAGUGGCUUUUCAAACGAAGCCGACAUCUCACUGGAUAUUUUAUCGGAUCUUGUUGAAGAUCACCCAUCAGACAUGUCUUCAUUUGCUCUUUUUCUAAAGGGCAUUUUGGAUUACCUGGAUAAUCUCAGUAUAAGUCAAAUGCGAAAAGUUUUUGGGAUGUUGAGUACUUUAGCAUUUAAUAGCGCUGACGGUAUUAUGAUUCAGGACGAUAUUCAUAUGGUUGUAAGAAAACAGCUCUCGAGUAAUUCAUUAAAAUACAAACGUGUUGGUAUCAUUGGUAGCGUUAUGAUAGUUCGCAGUAUGACUAAAACCAACUCUUGUGACGACAAUGAAAAAAGCGAAUCAACGAGCUCACAGCCAAAUCUCACAAUGAAUGAACAACAGAGACAGGUCGUUAGUUUACUGGAUUUAGUACGCACAUCUGUUGAUCGUGCUCCCGAAGCUGCGGCGUUGUUUUACGAUGAACUUGCAAAUGUUAUAGAGAAGGGAGAACUGGAUGCAAAGACUGAGGCAUGGAUCAGUGAGACUGUUGUUUCCGAUUUUCAACAAAAUCAUUUGAUUGAUACAGACACAGAGCCUCCAAAAUGCAAUCUUCCCGUUGCGAUUUUUGCCGGUCUUGACCCUCCUGACGAGGGUGGGAUUAUCUUCAAUCUCGUUGGUUUACAACUUCAUUUUAUCCAUGAUAAAAAAUCAAGUUCCCAGACUGUUUCACCAAUUUGCUCUGCCCCUCUCUUCCGGCUGCUGAGAAUUUGCGAGCAAACUCGUAACAAAGGACUCGAGGGAAUUGAUGCUUUACUGGGCUGUCCUGUUGUGAUGUUCAACAUGAAGGAAAUAAUGUGUAGAUUCACAAAACUUUCGUUAUCAGAUCGUGAGUUGAUCUGUAGCUCUUUAUUCUUUUGUAUAAACUGGUUCAGAGAGUUGAUCAACGCGUUCUCGACGGAGACCGAGUUGGACAUGAAGGAAAAAACAAUAAAACGUUUAGACAUAAUUACUAACUUACAAAAGAUGUUGGAAAGCUGUCUCAAAGAUACUCCCGCAUUUCAACCACCUGUUGUCCAUUUUGACAUGGAUGAAACAUAUUUAAAGACUGACUCCAAAACUAGCAGUAAACGAAAUCGCACUGGGAAGCCUAAAAAUAAAAGCAGCGAUAACAGCAAUGAUAAAACAUCAAUAGAAGAGGAGCCGAUGGAGAAAGAGACGCUAGACAAUGAAGAUACAACAGUCGUUGAAAACAAGUCGGAAAAGAAAAACUCAACCCAAUCAAAUGUUUAUACGUCGUCAAAAUACCGCGCUUUUUUUAGGGAACUGGAUUUGAGCGUAUUUGAAAUGCUAAAGUGUGGCUUCGUAUCGAAAGCUGUUCUUCAUGAAAAUAGUAACACCGAAAAAAUUGAAAGUUUACAACUACAAGCUUCGCACUUAUAUUUUCUUCUCGAUGAUCUUGCCGACAAACUAGAAUAUUCUUUAUCAACGAAAGCCCACAUUACCAAGUUUCAUCAACAUAACAAAAUUGGAUAUUCUCAUAUCUCACAAAAGACAUCGGAUGAAAUCAUUUUGUGUGUCCUCAACUUGUUCCCAGACCUCUGUCGACAUCUUGAGACCACUAGUGCUUUCUUUCAAGACUUAAAUGAAAGAAAUGAUGGUGUCAUUGAUGGACCUGGUUGUGAUACAGAUGAAAUGAAAUUGAUGUCGUUGUGUUUUCAACGAGUUUUUUCAUCCAUGACUCAGUUUUUUUCUUGGUCUGGUUUCAAUUCAAACAACAUUCAACAUCUCAAAUCUGCGUUUGAAGUUUUGAAUUCAAGGACGAAGAUUUCUAGAAGGACACAGUUAAACUACGAUGAACUUGUGCGCCAAGCCUUUCAUUAUGUCGAACAGUUCUCAACGACAUUACCGUCCAUCGAUACCGCUGUAACGUUGGUUAAACUUCUCGGAGCAAUAAAAGACAAAUCAAAAGAAGACAAUUUAUCCGUGUCACCUGUAUGUGGACAGUUUUUAAAACAAGAGUGGCUUCAAUUUAGCGGUGAACGGGAACAAGGCGCUAAGUACAACGAAAGUCUUCACUUUUUACUUAAACAUUACAUUCUUGGUGCAAAAGAUCCAUCUUCCAUCAUUGAAGAAAUAACGACGAAAGCAAUACCUGAGCUCUUAGAUGAUGAAUUAGUGAGGACUUCUUCAAAAACAUUACCAACGUUGACAAGGUCAUCUUUUCCCACUUAUUAUAAAUCGAUGCUUGAGUGUUUGGUGACAUAUUUUAAACAAUCUCAGUCUGAACCAAUCAAAGGAACUGAUUCGCUAGAGGUGAAGAAAGAAAGACUUGUCGUUAUAAAUGUUGCUGUUCGUUUGUUUCAUAUCUUAGUUAAUCUUGUCAAGGCAUUUGAACAUAGAACAGUGUUGGCCACCGUACUUAAGUUUGGUCGUUUCUUUGUGGAAACGUUUGUAAGCCAAGGAAUGCCUGCGCUAGAUGUACUUUUACGUAUCUGCAAGGAUGACAUUAAUGGAUUGUUGAAACUAUUUCAACAAAGUACAAGAUGCCUCCAGCAUAUUUGUGGACAUUCGAAGGUUUCAAAAGAUGUUUCCUUGACGAAUCAUGUUCCAGCUCUGAAGAAAUCUUUGGAAACAUUCGUAUUUCGUGUCAAGGCGAUGUUAGCGGUUAACCAAUGCCCCGAGGCAUUCUGGAUAGGAAAUCUUAAGAACCGUGAUCUUCAGGGACACGAAAUCAUGUCCCAGCAAUCAUUGAAAAGUAAAGGGGAAGAAGGGUCAUCUGAAGGGAGUGGGGACGAGUGUGGUGACGAUAGCAGAAUAGAAGAAGAAAAAAGCAACGAUGAAAAUGAAAGUUUGGUCAGUGCAGAUAAAGGUGGUGAGCUCGAUGAUGAAGAUGAUGGUUGUAGCAGCGAAAGCUAUUGAACGUUAUUUUGCAACUCAUUUUAGUGUGAGAAAAAUUAAAAUUGCAUAGACGAGACGGAAAAA